AUGUCGCAAAGAAAGCUGCAACAGGAGGUUGACAAGGUGUUGAAGAAGGUUAAGGAAGGAUUGGAGGAGUACGAGGAGAUAUAUGAGAAGUUCCAGAAUACAGAGUCCGAUAACCAGUCGUACAGGGAAAAGCUUGAAUCAGAUUUGAAGCGUGAAAUUAAGAAGUUGCAGAAACAUAGAGAACAAAUCAAGAAUUGGUUGAGUAAAGAUGAUAUCAAGGACCGUGCGGAUGUGUUGAUGGAGAAUCGUAGGCUGAUUGAAAGCGGGAUGGAGAGAUUUAAGUCUAUUGAGAAGAUUAUGAAGACGAAAAAAUUCUCAACAGAAGCGUUAACGAAUCCGGAUUUGAUCAAAGAUCCUCGAGAACUUAAGAAAAGAGACCAGUUUUUGUUUGUUGAAGAGUGUCUUGAGGAGUUGCAAAAGCAGCUGGAUGCAUUUGAAGUAGAGAAUAAUGAAGAACAGAUAGAAAAACACACUUUCCACAUCUCCAACUUGGAAAAUAUCCUUAAGCUCUUGCAAAACGACGAUUUGGACCCAGAAACGGUCCAAGAUUUCCAAGAAGAUAUCAGGUACUACGUGGAUAAUAACGACGACCCUGACUUUGUGGAUUAUGAUACUAUCUACCAAGAUAUGGGUUGCGAAAUACAGCCAGAAGACCUUUUGAAGGAGCAAAGCACCCCAAGCAAACCAAAGAGAAGCGAACGGUCUCCUAGAAAGAAGGCCUCUCCAGCCCCAGCUUCCCUAAAGUCGAGUACAUCUUCUCCAAGAGUAACAGCAACUUCAACGGUGCCUUCGGCUCAGCAACAGCAAGAAUCAGAUAACCAGGAUAACGCCUCUGGCGCCGCUGAUACUUCCGACGCUGCUACUGCGGCUGCAACCGCGGCGGCUGCUGCUGCCUCUAAUUCUUCUAGCGCUCAGAAUAAUGAUACUAAUAACGAUGAAAAAGGUAAUAGCAAUGUCGAUGAAUCCAACAAUGCAUCAUCAAAGGGUACCGACUCGCCAUCUUCGGCUGCUGUCGCCGCUGCUGUCGCUGCUACAAAUGGAUCGGCUCAAAGUGCAGGCUCGACGUCAGCAACCCAGACAACAACGACACCUACCACCAGCAGUAGCACGAAAUCCAAGAAAGAUAAGGAACCAACCCCAAUUCCACAAGCAGAAGAUCUCCCCCCACCAAAGGAUCUCUCGCAAGAAAUAGAAGAGAUUCUUGCAAAAGAUUUGGAAAAUAAAUUAGCAUUCAAAGAUCCCCUAUUCAAGGAAGAAUUGCCUUACUGGUUAGAAACCAAAAAGAAGUUAAUUCAACCUCCAAAAGAGAUUGACGAUUUCACGUUGAAGCAUUUGGAGUCAUCCUUACUAAACUGUCCAGAUUCCCUAGAUGCUGAUACCCCUCGUCUUUUCGAAAACCCUCUAUCACUACCACACCCCACAUCUAUCUUUUUCCCACACGAACCGAUUAGAUUUAUGGCUCAAGAUUUACCUGCCAAAGGUGACGACCUGUACGGAAAAAUUUCUGUCGCUAAGAUAAUGUCAAAGUUUGCCCUUGAUACACUGUUCUUUAUAUUCUAUCACUAUCAAGGAUCAUAUGAUCAAUUCUUGGCUAGUAGGGAAUUGUCGUUACGUGGUUGGAAAUUUAAUAAAGUCAACCAUUGUUGGUUUCAUAAAGAGGUGGAAAAACUUCCACCUGGAAUAGAGGGUAAAGAAGAAGUUACUUGGAGAUACUUCGAUUAUCAAAAAGCAUGGCUGUCAAGAAGGUGUGGUGCAGACUUCGAAUACAAGGAAGAAGAGUUUGAAAAACUAUGGUGA